AUGACCAUCCACCACCUCAUGAUCGGCACCUGGACGCCCCCGGGUGCCAUCUUCACCGUCGCCUUCGACGAUGAAAAGUUCACCCUCGAGCUCGUCAAGCGCACCGAGAUCCCCCAGGAACAGCCCAUAUCAUGGAUGACCUUCAGCCAUGACAAGAAGAACCUCUACGGCGCCGCCAUGAAGAAGUGGUCCAGCUUCGCCGUCAAGAGCCCGUCUGAGAUUAUCCACGAGGCCUCUCACGACAUGACCCAUGACCGUAGGCUCCUCCUCCUCCAUCUCAAGAAGCGCAAUCAACCAUGCCUUCCUUACCUCGUCUCCAAAACCCCAUCACUAACACCCACACCUACAGCCAACGCCGCCCUCUCAACAACAAACACCCGCGCAAUCUUCCUCCUCGCAGCCCAAAAGCCGCCCUACGCCGUCUACUGCAACCCCUUCUACAAGCACGCCUCCCACGGCAACAUCUUCUCCGUCUCCCCCACCGGCAAGCUCGAGACCAACGUCCAGAACUACCCCUACGACCCCAACACCGGCAUCCACGGCAUGGUCUUCGACCCCACGGAAACCUACCUCUACUCCGCCGACCUGACCGCCAACAAGCUCUGGGUCCACAAGAAGCGCGCCCCCGACUCCCCCGAGCUCGACCUCGUCGGCUCCGUCGACGCCCCGGACCCCGGCGACCACCCCCGCUGGGUCGCCCUCCACCCCUCGGGCGCGUACCUCUACGCCCUCAUGGAGGCCGGCAACCGCCUCUGCGAGUACGUGAUCGACCCCGCCACCAAGCUGCCCGUCUACACCCACCGCGCCUUCCCCCUCAUCCCCCCGGGCAUCCCCGGCGCCAACAGCAAAAUGUACCGCUCCGACGUCUGCACCCUCUCCCACAGCGGCCGCUACCUCUUCGCCACCGCCCGCUCCAACAGCUUCGACGUGACCGGCUACAUCGCCGCCUUCAAGCUCGACGAUAACGGCCACAUCGAGCGGCAGAUCUGCCUGAACCCCACCCCGACGAGCGGCGGACACAGCAACGCCGUCAGCCCGUGCGACUGGAGCGACGAGUGGCUGGCCAUCACGGACGACCAGGAGGGCUGGAUCGAGAUCUACCGCUGGCACGACGAGUUCCUGGGCCGCGUCGCGAGGUUGCGCAUCCCUGAGCCUGGCUUCGGCAUGAACGCCAUCUGGUACGACUAA